UUGACUUUUUUUUUUGUUUCCGUUCAUACCCACUCUUCAUUCUCUCUCACUUGCAACAAAUCGUGAAUGGAAGUCCACGGACGACACGUCCACAUUAAAGAUCCUCAUGCCGUUGGUACCAUGGACUUGUCCAUGCUCACUGAGGAGCAGCGCGCAGACGUAAAAAACCGCGCUGAAUUUAUGGAGAAACACAUGGGGCACGACUCGAUGCACGCGCAAAUGGCGCUGAUUCUGUUGAUUUCGAUGGUCGGCGGCCAAGUGUUGCUCUUCAUGUGGAAGCGAUGGCGGCCUCGCGCGUUUCAACGGCUGACCUUGCUAGGCAUGCUGCUCGUGCCACCGCUCAUCGCUGCACACGCUGGGUUUUGGCGAUUCCUCGUAUCCUGGUCUGCCUUUGUCAUGCUCACGGGCUAUGUCGGUUUCCUCGCAACACGCAAUCCUCUGGAUCGCCGAACACCUCGGCUGGUCUACGCAGUCUUUGUGCUGCUCUACAAGACCACCUACUUUGUGGGCACCUUUGGGUACAUUACCCUGUUUCUGGACUUCGCCUCUGGCGGUCGAAUGGUGAUGUUUGGCGCCCCCGUGGCCCAAACUGGCCUGCUCAUCUUGUUCUAUGCCCUUUACUAUGGCGUUCUUGGGCGAGACAUUGCCGAAAUGUGCACCGAUCGCAUGGCAUCGACAAUUGGGUUCACUCAGAUUGACGGCUUGCCGAAAAAGAAGCUGGACCCGAACAUGUGCGGCAUUUGCACAGAAAGUCUGCCUCCUGUUGGAUCGCCGGACGAAACCCGCGUUGUCAAGCUCGAGUGCCAACAUCAUUUCCACGAGUUCUGUAUUCGGGGCUGGUGCAUUGUUGGCAAGAAGCAGACAUGCCCUUACUGCAAGGAGAAGGUCGAUCUCAAGCAAAUGUUCCGCAACCCUUGGGAGAAGCAAGACUUGCUGUACGGCAACUUUUUGGACGUCUUCCGCUACCUGCUCGUCUGGCAGCCAGUGAUUAUGAAGCUCGUUAACUUUUACUUUAGUGUUUCAGGGCUCGAGUAGAAAGAGGGGAAGGGGAAACUUGUUGUUGCUUGAUUAUUUUUCUAUGUGUUAUUGUUUGUUUUUUUAAUAUGCACGCCAUUCAACCUG